ACAGACUUAGGUUAAUAUUUCACCAGUAGCAGAAGAUUAGACUAUACAAUGGCAAAGGUGACAAAAUUUUGCACUUUACUGCAUUCUACUUGUGGCCUAAAGAGGCAUUUGAAGCAGAGUAUGGAGCCAACCGUAGCAUCCCCUCUGCUGUAGUGACAAGAUGGAACAGCACUCUGCGCCUUGUUGAAGCAGUCACUGACUUGGAUCUUCAAAGCCUGAAUACACUCCUGGACACCAAAGGUCAUAAAGACCUGUGUUUAUCAGCCAGAGAAUGGGGUCAGCUGAAAGAACUUGUGGAAAUUUUGGCCCCAUUUCUUCAAGCAACGGACCUCACUCAAGGGGAGAAAGUUGUGACCCUUAGUGCAGCCCUUCCUUGUGUACUGUCACUUAACAGCCAUCUCAUCAGGAUGUUGAAUGCUACUCGCCACCUGGUUGGUUUAGCGAAAGCCUUGCAGAAGUCCCUUCAACACCGCUUUAAGGGUAUAUUUGUGAGUGUGAAAAUGGAUGACUCCAGUGACGUUGCAGUAGAUCUUCCAUUUGGGGACAUUGUCUACAUGAUGUCAGCAUUACUAGAGACAUCAUUCUGCCUCUUUUGGCUAGCGCAAGAUGUCCAAGCACCAGAUGAAGUGAAGAGUGAAGUCAAGGAGAUGAUAAUAGAUCUGGUCUUGGCUGAGGCUCGGAAACUGACUGUACCUGAAAGCAGCAGUGGAGACGAUGAUCAGGAGAAGUCACCACCACCUGCUAAAACUCCACGUCUUUUCUCUGGCUACCGAAAGAAAAGCACCAAGAAAAGUGUGGAUCAUGGCUCAUUUGUCCAGGCUGAGAUCGUCCGCUAUAUCCAGGUAGCAUCUGAUGAAGAUGAAGUGGACUGUCUUGAGUUCUGGAAAAGACAGUCCAAGGCAUUCCCGCGACUCUAUCUUGUGGCUAUGAGAGUGCUUGCUGUCCCGGCUACCAGUGCACCAGUGGAGAGGGUGUUCAGUCAUGGAGGGCUUAUCAUGCGUCCUCACCGUGCCAGGCUUUCGGCAAAGACACUGUCACACUUGUUUUUUUUGAAAUGUAACCAGUCUGUUGUUUAAAGACUUUCCAGGAUUUAAAGCCACUAUAGUGUGUUGCCAGAAAGGUCAUCUGGCCCAUAUCCAGGGUUUUGAGAGAGCUAAUUUAUAAGAUCAAAUUUUCUUCUUAUUUCAGUUUAAGUGGUAAUUGUUUAAUUUAAAUUUCUUCAGUUUUUUUUUUUUUUUGUUAAAUAGCAAUACGGAAAGUAUCAGUUCUCACAUGUUUGCACCAUGGUUGGUGAAUUAACCUUUAAUACAGAUGUUUCCCUCAAACUUUGAACACUGGAAAAUGUAAUGCAUGAUGAGGUUGGGCUUUACAGCCAGUUAGUACACAGACAAACAUGUAUUCUUAGGUGCAGAUACCAAAAUGUUGAA